CUUCAGUCUCUAUCCUGCUCAAAGAAGAAAAAGCGGAAAUUACGAAACUGAUAAGCGUAAAUUUGUCAAUUCAAGAUGGCACAGGACGCGAUGGAGCAGAUGGAUAUUGAGGACAGUAAAGGAGGAUCUGGUCUUCGACAGUAUUACCUGUCAAAAAUCGAGGAGCUUCAGUUGACAGUAAAUGAGAAAAGCCAAAACCUUAGACGUCUGCAGGCUCAAAGGAACGAGUUAAAUGCCAAGGUGCGCCUUCUGCGUGAGGAACUGCAGUUACUGCAGGAGCAGGGAUCAUAUGUAGGAGAGGUGGUGAGAGCCAUGGACAAGAAGAAAGUGCUGGUCAAGGUGCAUCCUGAAGGAAAGUUUGUUGUGGAUGUGGAUAAGAACAUUGAUAUUAAUGAUGUAACUCCAAAUUGUCGCGUAGCACUUCGAAAUGACAGUUACACAUUGCACAAGAUCCUGCCAAACAAAGUGGAUCCACUCGUCUCGCUAAUGAUGGUGGAGAAAGUGCCCGAUUCCACAUACGAGAUGAUCGGAGGACUGGACAAACAAAUCAAAGAGAUCAAGGAAGUGAUCGAAUUGCCAGUCAAACACCCUGAACUCUUCGAGGCUCUUGGAAUUGCACAACCUAAGGGUGUGCUGCUGUAUGGACCUCCUGGCACAGGAAAGACCCUGUUAGCUAGAGCCGUGGCCCACCAUACUGACUGCACCUUCAUCAGAGUGUCUGGAUCAGAGCUGGUUCAGAAAUUUAUUGGAGAAGGAGCUCGUAUGGUGCGUGAACUGUUCGUCAUGGCCAGAGAACAUGCCCCCUCCAUCAUCUUCAUGGAUGAGAUCGACUCGAUCGGCUCAUCUCGGCUGGAGGGAGGAUCAGGAGGAGACAGUGAGGUGCAGAGGACUAUGCUGGAGCUUCUCAACCAGCUGGAUGGAUUCGAGGCCACCAAGAACAUCAAGGUUAUCAUGGCAACAAACCGAAUUGAUAUUCUGGACUCUGCCCUUCUUCGACCAGGCCGCAUUGACAGGAAGAUUGAAUUUCCUCCUCCUAAUGAAGAGGCCCGUUUGGACAUUCUGAAGAUACAUUCCCGUAAAAUGAACCUGACGCGUGGCAUUAAUCUGCGUAAGAUUGCUGAGCUGAUGCCUGGAGCGUCUGGUGCAGAGGUCAAGGGUGUGUGCACAGAGGCAGGGAUGUACGCCCUGCGAGAGAGGAGAGUCCACGUUACCCAAGAAGAUUUUGAGAUGGCAGUAGCAAAGGUGAUGCAGAAAGACAGUGAGAAAAACAUGUCCAUCAAGAAACUCUGGAAGUAGAUGUUAGACUGUAUUUUGCAGUUUUUUUUUUUUUCUUUAACUUGCUUUGUCAUCACCAAAUAUAUUCAAAAUAAAUUGUUUCACACUUAACAUGA